CCCACCAACACUAGACAAGAAGACUCUUUAUAUAUAUCUCCAACGUAAACUCCUUUGAUCCCUCAGCUCCUCCCAAUCAAUUAAGAUCCCUGCCUGCCCAGAACCCAAAAAAAAAAAACACUAGAAAUUUAUAAAAUGGGUUUUGUUGUUGAGAAGAGAAUUGGAAGUGUGUUGGUGUCUUUGGUGAUGUUGAUGAUGUUGUGGGUUCCGGUGUCGAUGGGAGCAGUGUACAAGGUCGGAGACGCCGCAGGUUGGACCACCAUUGGCAAUGUCGACUACAAGCUCUGGUCUGCUACCAAGACCUUCCAAGUUGGCGAUGUUAUUGUUUUCUCGUACAACCCUCAAUUUCACAACGUGAUGCAAGUGACACAUCCUAUGUACCAAACGUGCAAUGCAUCAUCCCCUAUCGCCACUCACACCACCGGCAAUGACUCAAUCACCAUCAAAACCCACGGCCACCAUUUCUUCUUAUGUGGUGUUCCAGGCCAUUGCCAGUCCGGCCAGAAGCUGGAUAUCAACGUCCUACGCGCCGCCGAUGUUUCCUCAACUCCCACCCACUCCCCCGCUGCUCUGCCUCCGUCCACCGCAUCUACUGCACCUGCUCCUUCUCCUAGCCACGCCGCUGCUCCCUUGCUUGCCAAUCAGAUCGUCGCACUCUUUUCUGUGCUAGCUACUCUUAUCUUAUACACUACAAAUUAAUUAAGCUGAAAAAUUUUGUAUUGUAUUUGCUUUAAUUUUCAUUUGGAAUGAUGUUCAUGUAUUUUUGCCACUAUAGUUUUUGAAAUCCUUGGAGUAAAUAAAUGUCAAACUGCUCAUUUAUUCUC